UUUCCGUUUCUAAAUACCACUCUGCACCAAUUAUUAAUAGAUAAACAUGCUAUUGACAUAUAGUGUAGCGUGCUUGACAUUAUUUGUAACUUUAAUAAUAAUAAUUGAACUAUCUAAUAGAAUAUGGAUACUUAAAAGUAUUUUUACGUUCGUAGUGGAUCUUUUCCUAGAUGAUGUCAGAAGAAAGCUCCUUUGCGAAUUAAAAUUAGAGAAAUCCAUUUUCUUUAAUCGUUCGCGUGAAGAUAGAUUGAGGAUUUUGGAAAUAAGACCAUUAAAUGGAAGGAACUUCGAGUAUUAUCCCGAGAAUGUUUCUUUAAUCUGUGUGGAUCCAUAUGAGUCAUUUGGAUCAUUUUAUGAGAAAAACAAAAAUAAUUUUGAAGAUAUACUUUUGGAGAAUUUCUGCUGCACUCAGGUAGAAGACAUGAGCGAAAUAAAAGACGAAAGUGUUGACAUAGUCGUGGCAACGUCUGUUCUUUGCUGGGUGAAAGACGUAGAAAAGUCCUUGAGCGAGAUCAAAAGGGUCUUAGCAAAAGGAGGAAAAUUCUAUUUUCUAGAACACGUUAAGGAUCCGAAUGAAUCAAUUUACUUCUAUCAAAAAUUACUCAGGCCGAUCUGGAGUCUUAUGUUUCAUAAAUGCCAAAUCACUCGAGAUAUCGGAAAUGCCAUUAAAAACGCUGGCUUUAAUGAGGUUAUUGAAAAUAGUUAUAGAUUGCCUGCUAUUACAUUUGUUCUUCAGUAUCAUAUAUAUGGAACCGCUACCAAAUAAUUAAUUAAUCUACUCAUAAUUAAAUAUAUUUGAAAAAUUUCAACUGUUUAACAGAUUAAUUAUUGUAUAUUAAAGUUUAUUAAAAAUAAACACGGUAAAAACCUGUCUAAAACGGACCCACUACAAAGUUGUGUAAACAGAAGGUAGAUGUUGGAACCGAACAAUUUAUUCUGUAAAAUAAUAAUACAAGCCGGAAACUUGUCUAAUGCGGAAAUGGAAAACUUUUUAUUAUAUAAACCAAAUAAAGUGGAAUUUUUCGACGAAGAAUUGCACUCUUAUUAAUUUUUCCUUUGUUAACAUUGCUCUUUUAUUGUCUAUAAUGUACGAGUAAGAAUACAGCAUUGCUGUUCCUCCAAAACUUUAUAGAAGAAUAAAUCAAUUUAAAAAUACC